AUGGAAGUGAUGAUAAUACUGAUACUUUUUUCUUAUUUACAUUUCAGAACUAGCUGUAUCCGAUGGAAGUUCAUUUUCUGUAGCACUUUGGAAAUCCUGGGUGUCAUCGUUUGCCAAAGCUUCAUAUUCCACAGAAUUUUCAUACCAGCCUAUGAAGACUUUGGUAGAAGAAGGUUUACUUGGGACGAAUUGAUCGUCUCCUUCUUGGAACAUGCCCUUCCAGGCCUCUUGAUAUACGUGUCCGAUUUUUACCUGAUUCUUCAUUCUAUGCAGAAUAUAUUUGCCGAGUUGUUGCGGUUUGGUGACAGACUUUUCUACAGAGACUGGUGGAAUUGUAGGACAUUCACGGAAUUUUUCAGAAAUUGGAACGUAAUUGUCCACGACUGGCUGUAUACCUACAUCUAUAAAGAUAUAUACGAACACGUUGUGAGAAGUAAAGGUGUAGCCAAAUUUACUACUUUCCUAGUGUCAGCCAUUGUACAUGAGUGGGCUUUCACGCAUAUGUUCGGAUACUUCUUUCCGUUAGUAUUCAUUUUCUUCAUGUUAUUCGUAAUGAUGAUCAUGUUUAUCAAAAUAAGAGAUGAAACUGUUGUAAACAUAUUGUUUUGGAUACAACUGGCACUUGGCUGUGGUUUUCUGGUGAGUGGUUAUACCUUGGAAUUUUUUGCCAGACAAAAUAUUCCAGGUGAUACGGAUUCAUUGAAAGAUUUACUGUUUCCAAGGUGGUUGACCUGUGUAGAUUGUAUACACUGAAUUCAGAUGAAACAUCGAUUCUGAAUAUUUCAUAGGGUGAAAGCAAGAAACUGAAACCAAAAUGAAUGAAAAAAUAAGAUGAAUGGGUCGUAAUACGAUUAUAAUAUUUCAUUAUA